GUUGGCCGCAAGUAAGGUGCGAUUAGUGACAUGUUUGUGAUUGUUGCGUAACUAAACCAGAGACUAAACUUCCAGGAUGUACGAAAACUUGUAUUCUACUAUAUUUGGCAACGAUAGAGACAGUAAUCACACAAGUGGAGCGAUUGUCGCUUGCGAUAUAUCACCACAGUUAGUAUCUGAUUCUCCUGACACUGUGCCUGAAAUGCGUGUGUCGGCGACUGAAAGAAACAUUCGCGUCGGCUACGUCCAUAGUGCAGCUCACCUGUUUGAGUGCGAGAGGUUACCGCGCGUUCGUCAACGUUGUCUUCUAGUUCACGGACUUCUAAAGGGCUACAAUCUGCUCAAGUCCUUGCGCACCAUUCAUCCGCUGGUGGCCAGUCGCGAGGAUCUUCGCCUGUUCCAUUCUACAGACUACAUCAACUUCCUAGAGUCUUGCGAAGCGGAAAAAGACCUCGAGAAGGAAGACAUCAUAAGUCGUGCCCAUGACUACAACCUUGUCGAUGACUGUGCCCCUACCAAACGGCUUCUUACUUUAGUGGGGCACAUCGCAGGUGGCACUUUAGCUGCUGCGAGAGCCAUUAUGGAGAAAACUUGCGACAUCGCUAUACAUUGGGAGGGUGGUUGGCACCACGCACACAGAAGCGAAGCAGCAGGGUUCUGCUACGUCAAUGACGUCGUCCUUGGGAUACUGGAACUUCGCCGCACGUUUCGGCGAGUUUUGUAUAUCGACCUGGACGUUCAUCACGGCGACGGUGUUGAAGAAGCCUUCGCGGGCACUGACAAAGUCCUGACCGUGUCGGUUCAUCAGUACGAGCCUGGUUUCUACCCUGGUACUGGGGCAGCGAGCGACGUAGGCUUUGGUUUGGGCCGUGGUUACUCGAUAAACUUGCCGCUUCGGAGUGGUGCUAGCGAUUCCACAUUUGUGCGCGUGGUAACGACCGUUGUCGAUGAAGUCAGAAAGCGGUACAAACCCGACGCUGUCGUUUGCCAGUGCGGAGCGGAUGGAUUGUCCGGUGAUCCUCUCGGAGCAUGGAAUCUGACCCCAGGUGCAUUCGUGCAGUGCGUUCGUCUUGUGCAAAGCUGGGGGCUGCCGCUGCUACUUCUCGGUGGAGGAGGCUACGUGGCUGCCAAUGCUGCUCGCUGCUGGACGACAAUUACAGCGGCACUUUUAGGGCAGGAUCUGGAGGAAGACAUUCCUGAGCAUCACUUUUUAAUGAUGUACGGUCCUGGCUAUGAGCUCAGCCUGGAGCCCGGCUUACGUCGUGACUUGAACGAUGUCGCUUACGUCGACGACCUGCUGCAAGUUGUGAUGAAGCAAGUGCGUCAAAUUGGAACUACUUAAUAAGCUUGUUUGCUCUGCUUUCGAGCCAAUUUACUGCUGUGCAAGCCUUAACUAGAGAGUGAUGUACCUCUUGGUAGAUUUAAUGUGUUGUUAUAUGAGACUUUAACUGCCUCUUCUUCCACUUCAUUCAAUGCCUCCCAAAAAGUGGCAAGGUAGCCACCGUUACUUCAAUGUACGUAAUAUAUCCAUUAUCGAAAACAUCACUUCUCAAAAUAAAAAUAGUUAUUUGCAAUUACAAAAAUGACAAUCUUGUAUCUGCUAUUUUGUCAUGGUCUUGCUCUUGACAUUUUAUAUGGUUAUCGUUUAAAGGAAAGUGUUGUUUGAAAUGAUUAACUGGUUCGACCAGUCAC